AUGCAUUGUUCAAUAUGCGUCAGAGCAACGAUGUUAUACAUCAAAGGCAAGUCUUUCACAAGCCCAGCCCAUCAACUGUUUGACGAUACUCGAUCCGGCAUUCGAAAGCUGUAUAGCUGCCUUAUUUCCAUCAUUAUGUCGUCCGCAAGUGGCAAAGGACAUGUAGUCGAGUUUUACUACGAUAUAUCGUGUCCCUUUGCUUACAUAGCGUCCACAAAGAUCGAGGCCCUUGCCCAAAGGACGAAUGCCAACAUCAUCUACCGCCCAGUCCUCCUAGGCGCCAUCUACAGAGCCACCAAAGCUCCCCAGGGCGCCGCCGGCUCAGCUUCAGAUGUCUUCAAUCCGACCAAGAAAGGCAUAACAUCUCGCGCCUUCCAGCGCACUCUGAAACGUCAUGGCGUUCCAUACAAGGAGCCACCUCGCCAUCCGCAGAAGACAACAGCUCCUCUCCGGUUGCUGUACUACGUGCGUCCAGGCCAGCGGCCAGCUCUUACUCAAUCCCUCUUCCAGGCCUAUUGGGUCCGAGGUGAGAAUGUCAGUGAGAAAGCUGUCCUGAUCGAUGCCGUGCGGAGAUCAGGGGUCUCAGACUCAGACCGUGUCAUUGCAGCGAUCGAAGAUGGGAGUUUCGAAGGCGCGCAACAACGGAAGGAGCUGGAAGUCUCGACGGACCUAGCAGUCCAGCGCGGCAGUCCUGGUGUACCUGGCCUUUGGAUUCCGGAAGAGGGAUGGACUGAUAAAAGCGGUCAGCGCAAGGAGGGAAGACUGUAUUGGGGUCAAGACAGAAUGCAUUUUGUAGAAGCCGUACUGGAGGGUCUCAACGAAGGCAAGUCUGGCGGUGAUAUUGCGAAGAUUUCGAAACCACUCCCAUCCUUACUACCAAGAAGCACAAGGGGUGGUAUACCUGCUGGUACGGAAGUCAAGCUCGAGUUCUGGUAUGAUUUCAGUAGUCCAUGGGGAUUCCUGGGCUGGACGCAGCUGGCUCGACUACAACGGGAGUUCGGGAAGAGCUUGCAGAUUGAGAUGAAGCCGUUCCUGCUAGGGAUUCUGUUCAGGGAGAUCGGUGCACCAAACACUCCCACGUCUGCGAUUUCUGAGCAGAAACGCAACUACUCAAACCUCGAUCACGGCGAUUGGGUACGAUGGUGGAAUGCUGUCAAUAUACAAAACGGCAGUCCUGACAAGAACAUUGACUUCUACUGGGCAGACAAGUUCCCAAUCAGAACGCCUACUGUUCUCCGUGCAGUGCUCGCAGAGCCCAAGCUGGUUGACGUGCUCUACCGAGCUUGCUGGGAACGAAACCUCGACAUGUCGUCCGACGAAGUUCUGCAGAACGUCAUAUCAAAGACCGGGUAUGAUGGAUCAGGCGUGCUGUCUCGGGCGAACUCCCCAGAGGUCAAGAAGGAUCUUCGAGCACGUACGCUGGAGGCGAAGGAAGCUGGUCUCUGCGGCGUUCCUUCUUAUCGUGUGUUCCGGAGGAAAGCUGGAUCACAGGAUCAGUGGAAGCAGGUUGGUGACAUGAUCUGGGGUCAAGAUGAGGUCUUGGUUGUGGAGGAUCUGAUCGCUGGCUCCAAUGGCGAGGAGAAAGCAGAGGUCGAGGCGCCGGCUAAGAGCAGGCUGUAG